AUGAUUUUUCUAAUGGACCUCCAGAUGAUGCUUCUGGAUGUGAUUUACUUCAUCCUGCGCAACUCUUUGCGGGUCGUCCUGCGCCCACGCAUCAAGCCGAUCGACGACGAGCUGGUGCUGAUCACCGGAUCGGGUGGCGGCCUGGGUCGCCUCUUCGCUCAGGAAUUCACCAAGAAUGGGGCCGAGGUGGUGCUGUGGGACAUCAACAGCAGCUCCAACGAGCAGACAGCCAAGCUGGUGCGUGAGAUGGGGGGUAAGGCGCACACCUACACGGUGGACGUGACAAACAGGGAGGACGUGUAUCGCACCGCAGACCUUGUGCGAAAGGAGCUGGGCCGGGACGUCACGAUGCUGGUAAACAACGCUGGCGUGGUGGCUGGGGAGCGCAUUUUGGACUGUCCCGAUGAGUUGAUGGAGAAGACCAUGAAGGUCAACUGCCACGCUCUCUUCUGGACAGUGAAGGCCUUCCUCCCUCAGAUGAAGGCUCAGAACCACGGACACAUUGUGACCAUCGCCAGCGUCCUCGGCCUCUUCAGCACCGCCUGUGUUGAGGAUUACUGUGCCAGUAAGUUUGCUGCAGUGGGCUUCCAUGAGUCUCUGGCCCACGAGCUGCUGGCCGAGGAGGCUGACGGAGUGAAAACUACUCUUGUGUGCCCCUACAUCGUGGACACAGGCAUGUUUGAAGGCUGCAAGAUACGGGAGGAAAUGGAACUGUUCCUGCCCCCUCUGGAGCCCCAGUACUGUGUGGAGCAGGCCAUGAACGCCAUCCUGAUAGACCAACCGUUAGUGUGCAUCCCUCGCCUCACCUACCUGCCUUUCCUGUCCAGAGCAUUGUUGCCGUGGGAAUCCAACGUGGUCACAUAUCGUUUCAUGGGGUCCGACAAGUGCAUGUACCCCUUCAUCGACACCAUGAAGAAACAAGCGUCUAAUGGCUCCAUUAAGGUUGCAUAAUCUAAGUACAGUUAAGACUGCGUUGGGUCAAAAACCUUUAAAUGUCACUCAAAGGGUUUACCAUUUAUUAGAUGAAUGAAAAUAAAUAAAUAAUAAUAAAGUAACAAAAUCCUUCUGCAUGUGGACAGCAGUGGGCCGAACAGCCCAGCUAAAGUCAGGAUUCAAUAACAUGUGGAGGCCAAAUGGAAGGAGCUUCAGACUUUGAGACUGAUCAUUCAGAAGCACGUACGAGAUGACGACUCAGCCAAGUGGUCAUCAGCACCCACAGAAACACUUCAGUAAAGUUCAGGCAAAGUCUGAGGUCCCUUCAGAUGUUUUCACCGUAAACCUUUAAAAUGGCAAAAUAUUUAACAGUGUCUGAAUCCUGGACUGGCCAAAAGGGGAAUGUCUUUAUCAUCUGUAAAUGUGCCAGAAUA